AAAACAACAACCUGAAAGUGUUUUCACUUUAUUGGACAUCUAAGAUCUAGAUCUAGGGAUUUAAUCCACUCUAAAAAUCUAGAUCAUUAUACUUUAUUAUUCGGAUUAAAAUGUGUAGGCCUUGUCUAUGUAGACAUAAGAGUAACUAGGGUAGAUCUAGAUAAGUCAUCAUAAGUCGAUAAGGAGAUUUACUUUUCUUCGUAGAUCUCUUGUUAGUUAAGUUUAUUUAAGUUAAUAGUUUCUAAGUUUGUCUAUAGAUCUAUAAUAAUUCUCUAGCUAGAGUGCUAGACUAUCGAGAAGUACAUUAAAUUACAUUGAUAACAUCAUUGUAACAUUAGAUCUAUCUAGAUCUAGGUCAUUAGACCAGUUACUCAGUUACAUGAGAUGGUUAGUGUGAUCUAGAUCUAGUUCUAAGUUCUAGACUGAUUGUUCUUUGCCGUUGUCUACUAGAUAGAUCUAUUCUAUAGCUUAGUUUAUUCUGAAAGUAGAAUUUAGCAAAAAAACAUGGCGAUCAAAAUGGAAGGUCCACUCAGUAAAUGGACUAAUGUUAUGAAAGGUUGGCAAUAUCGUUGGUUUGUUUUGGAUGAUGAAUCAGGUCUUCUGUCAUAUUACACUUCCAAGGAUAAAAUGGUCAAGGGUUCUAGACGAGGAUGUGUGCGCUUAAAGGGUGCUAUCAUUGGUAUAGAUGAUGAAGAUGAAAGUACUUUUACAAUUACAGUAGACCACAAAACAUUUCAUUUUCAAGCAAGAGACGAGGAUGAAAGAGAGAGAUGGAUUGAGGCAUUGGAGUGUGCUAUAUGUAACAUUGGUGCCCCAAAAGCCAGUGAUGCCCACCAAGCCAGUACAUUAGAAGAUUUUGAAAAGAAACUCAUGGAAACUGAUGCUUACCUGCAGCUACUCAUAGAACAAAAUGAGGCCCUUGAGAAAAAGAUAUACGAAUGCCCAAACGAGGCUGAUAAAGAACGGUACAACGUGAUUAAAGUUACAGCUGAUGCUAUGAUUGAGGCCAUAAAACAUUCCAUAAUUCAGCUUCAGAUAUCAAAGGAAAAUUUAAAAGAACCUGUUGUCAAUGGAACACUGCACAAUGCUGGGCCACUCAUUACAGAUGGUGCUAAUUUCAGUCACUACAGUGCAUCCCCUAGACAAGUGGUACCAUCUUUGUCUACGGAAAAUAUAUGUAAGGAGAGCCGGCCAGGACAAAAGUACCUGACAGCACAGACCAGUAUUUCCCUCCCCAACCUCUCUUGUCCCGAUGAAACAUUAAAUGCUUCAGCUGUAGACUCAUUCCCAGUCACCUCCUAUUCCUCCAGUGAAGAUGAAGAGUUCUAUGAUGCUGAGGAGCAGAAAUCUCCAAAACGAGCAGAUCCUAACCUAGCACUAACAGAACCUGCUGACUGUGAUGAUGUGAUUCAGUCUGCUACAGAGACUCCAGUUAUCUCAGCUGCUGAAGAUUACUUUGAUGAACUGUAUGACACAAGAGACAAUGAAGAUUUGGGCUCAAUGGAGGAACAUGGGAGCAUAAUUGGACAUCUGCUAUCCCAAGUUCGUAUCGGCAUGGACCUGACCAAAGUUGUUUUACCUACGUUUAUCCUUGAGAGACGCUCACUUUUAGAAAUGUUUGCUGAUUUUUUUGCUCACCCUGAUGCAUUCACCAAAAUUGCAGAGUUGCCCACCCCUAAGGAGAGAAUGGUGCAAGUAGUGCGAUGGUAUCUUGGAGCAUUCCAUGCUGGUAGACCCAGUGAGAUAGCCAAGAAACCUUACAAUCCCAUCCUUGGGGAGACUUUCAAGUGCCACUGGCAAAUUCCUGACAGCACUGAUGACAGAGAACCAGCUAGUGAUGGACCAAUUCCAUGGGCUUCAAAAGAUAACUUAGCUUUCAUAGCGGAGCAGGUCUCCCACCACCCACCCAUUUCAGCUUUUUACUGUGAGAAUUACAACCGAAGAAUAUCACUAGAUGGCUAUGUUUGGACCAAGUCCAAGUUUCUUGGGUUGUCUAUUGGUGUCCACAUGAUUGGAGAAUGUGUGUUGUCUGUCAUAGAUUAUGAUGAAGAGUACACAUUGACCUUCCCCAGUGGCUAUGGCAGGUCUAUUCUAACUGUCCCAUGGGUAGAGCUAGGAGGAAAGAUUCUUAUUAAUUGUGCCAAGACAGGAUUUUCUAGUCAAGUGGAGUUUCACACCAAACCAUUCUACGGCAGCAAGAAACAUAGAGUUACUGCCCAGAUCUUUGAGCCCAACGAUAAAAAACCUUUUGUCAACAUAGAGGGAGAGUGGAAUGGAGUCAUGUAUGCCAAAUGGGCCACUGGAAAAAAUGAAGUUUUUGUGGAUACUAAAACAUUACCUAUCAUCAAGAAGAUUGUGCAACCACCAGAUCAGCAGGGUCCACUGGAGUCUAGGAAACUCUGGCGGAAUGUGACUUUCUACCUGAAGGAAAAGCGUGUGGAUGACGCAACAGAAGAAAAACAUAAACUAGAACAAAGACAGAGGGAUGAAGCCAAGGAAAGGAAAGAACAAGGGAAGAAAUGGGAAACUCAGUUUUUCCAUGAAGUAGGUGAACACUGGGUCUACCAUAACCCUUUGGUCAAGCGACUGAAAAAUAAGACUCCCCAGACACAACGCAAACGCCCAGCCUAAAUGCUUCCUGUCUCUUCAUUCUAGGCUCACAGUCUGCACCGGCCAGGGACCUGAUACUUCAGUCAGACAGGACCAUAAAGUGUGAAAGAUGUUUUUAUGCAAAUUAAAAUGUUUUAUUAUUAGAGAUUUUCCAUUUACCAGGGACUAGAUUGGGAUCUAUUGUCUUUUCAUGUGUACAAGCCAUUCGAUGUAUAUCUAACCUCAAGAUAUAAAUAAUUUUGGCUCAGCAGCUUCUAUUCCUUGCAGUCUUACACAUUCAUUGCAUUUUUGUUUUGUUAAAAAAAGUUGUUUUUCAGUUUCUUCCACAUCUUGCAUUUAAAAAGUAUAACUUUGAUAUUUGUUUAGUAAUGAUGUAUGUAAUUAGAAACUUAGAACUACAUUGACCUAGAUAUAGAAAAUACUUUUUUCUCUUUUUUUAAAAAAAAACAUUAUUGUCAGUUUUUUUUCAUUGUUAUUGUGUUCUAAACAUUUAUUUUAGAAAUUAAUAUAAAUUAUAAAUAAAUACAAUAUACAUACUCUGCAUGUUAAAUUUUCACCUUUGUGCUAUGUGAUUGUUCAGAUUUUUUCUUUUAGGACUAAUGCUGAACUAAGUGACUACAUGUUUAUGUUUAUGUUAACUUAAAGUAUUUUUUAAAAUAUAGCCUUUUUUUAUUGGAGGAGGGGGGGGGGGGGAGACCAGGUUUAUCUAAACAACUGAAGCCAGAUGUAUAGGGAGAAAAUACAAAAACGUGAUGGGAAAAGUUUUGGGGACAAAUUCCUGAUACUAGCUUAAUGUGGUAUAUUUUUCUGUGGGUUGUAGUACUUGCUCAAGCCCUUCAGGACAAUCAUCUCUUUGAACUAUGUUGUAGUUUUGCUUUCUCCCAAUCAUCUCUUUGAACUAUGUUGUAGUUUUGCUUUCUCCCAAUCAUCUCUUUGAACUAUGUUGUAGUUUUGCUUUCUCCCAAUCAUCUCUUUGAACUAUGUUGUAGUUUUGCUUUCUCCCAAUCAUCUCUUUGAACUAUGUUGUAGUUUUGCGUUCUCCCAAUCAUCUCUUUGAACUAUGUUGUAGUUUUGCUUUCUCCCAAUCAUCUCUUUGAACUAUGUUGUAGUUUUGCUUUCUCCCAAUCAUCUCUUUGAACUAUGUUGUAGUUUUGCUUUCUCCCAAUCAUCUCUUUGAACUAUGUUGUAGUUUUGCUUUCUCCCAAUCAUCUCUUUGAACUAUGUUGUAGUUUUGCUUUCUCCCAAUCAUCUCUUUGAACUAUGUUGUAGUUUUGCUUUCUCCCAAUCAUCUCUUUGAACUAUGUUGUAGUUUUGCUUUCUCCCAAUCAUCUCUUUGAACUAUGUUGUAGUUUUGCUUUCUCCCAAUCAUCUCUUUGAACUAUGUUGUAGUUUUGCUUUCUCCCAAUCAUCUCUUUGAACUAUGUUGUAGUUUUGCUUUCUCCCAAUCAUCUCUUUGAACUAUGUUGUAGUUUUGCGUUCUCCCAAUCAUCUCUUUGAACUAUGUUGUAGUUUUGCUUUCUCCCAAUCAUCUCUUUGAACUAUGUUGUAGUUUUGCUUUCUCCCAAUCAUCUCUUUGAACUAUGUUGUAGUUUUGCUUUCUCCCAAUCAUCUCUUUGAACUAUGUUGUAGUUUUGCUUUCUCCCAAUCAUCUCUUUGAACUAUGUUGUAGUUUUGCUUUCUCCCAAUCAUCUCUUUGAACUAUGUUGUAGUUUUGCUUUCUCCCAAUCAUCUCUUUGAACUAUGUUGUAGUUUUGCUUUCUCCCAAUCAUCUCUUUGAACUAUGUUGUAGUUUUGCUUUCUCCCUGUUUCUGCAGUCUUCCAACUGUCUCCUAUUGUCCACAGCCCCUGGUUGCAUUUGUAGCUCCUCUUGUAUUCCUACCUAUGUAUGUCCUCCCUAUCUUUGAGUUUGUGUGGACUUUAUCAACAACCAGUAUAGUGUCCAGAUGAACAAAUGCUACACCUGCUAGUGUGUGUGUGUGAUGACAUUUGAACAUGUGUGUAUAAGCUAACAUUUAUUUAUUCUUUCAUGUGAACUAUUGAGACCCUAUAAUGGUUUGGAGUUGGGGACUGGGGAUUUUAUUUUUUUUUCUCUAUGAUUUUGCUGUCUCUGUUAUUUUAUUAUUAUUUAGUAACAGCAUUGCCAUUCGAGAAAAUAGUCCUCACAAUUAUUCUAUAAAAGAAAAAAAAAGAUUUCCUAUUUCAUUAGCGAUACACAGUUUUGUUCUGAUGAUAUAUAGUAAAAGUUUUUUUUUUUCUGUAUCGUCAUAGUUACAAGCCAAAUAGUUAAGCAGCCAUACUACAUGAGUUCUUUUGUUAGAAAUUAAGGGCUUCAGAAAUGAAAAAUUCCUAAUGGAGAAAUUUGAGUUUGUCCUGACUAGUGGUAUUCAACUGUUGUGAGAGAGCAAUGUAUUAGAGGCAAUCCUUCUUCUCACUUUUGAAUGUCACAGCAAACAAUGACAUUUAUGGUAUUUUCCUGCUUUUGAAAAAAAAAAAAUAUUAGAAGAGAAAAACUUGAACCAUUGUAUAACAUUCUGAACUAGUUUAUGAAUACAACUUUGUUGAUGCCUUGAAGUAUUGUGCUAAUUUGUGAUACUGUGUACAGAUUUUGUUGACUUUAUGACAUUCAGAAUCAUUGCAGUCAUUGUUGCAUCAUCUGUGUCUUUAGUUAUUCAAGAAAUUUAAUCUGAUUUUCUUUGGACAUUGUUUUAUUUCAAUGUUGGACUGGAUUGUCUGCAAGAUUUUUUUGGUUUCAAACUAUAUGGCUUGUCUGAUAUAUUCCAAGUUAUGAAAGUUUAUUAAAAAUGAUUUUAUUUUGUAAUCUACCACAGAAAUGAAACAAUAAAUAUCUCUUUCAAUAUGGCUUGAGCAAGAGCUUUAAAGUUUAUCAAAGUUUCUAUUCCAGUCCAAUGUUUUCUAAGUCAACAUUUAGAUAUAUUUACUAUUUCUUUCAACAAUGUGAUGUUUCACAAUAAAAUUUAUUGAUACAAUGAAAA